UUUCCCCUUGUAGUUGAGUUGUUGAUCUUCUCGUUUUCUAAUUUUCAUUAAUCACUACUUAGCGAGCAACCAUGGCAGCAGCCACGGCCUUAACUUUUCCUGGAAAACUGAUAGGCAGGAAAUUAGAGAAGCAGCAAAAUGGAAAUAUCUUGCAGCUGCGUUACUUUUCUUCAGCAAAAACACUCUCAUUAAGGGAUCAACGAAGAUUGUCAUCGAUAACCCCGAGUGCUCGGAGUGAUGUUGGGAUAUUAGGCACCGUCAACGGGAAAAAGUUGAACUGGAAACACGUGGCGAAGGAGGCUGUUACAGCGGGAAAGUUGGCGACUGAAGACGCAGCAGACGCAGCUCUCGUUACCAGCCUGCAUGGAAGAUUUGUGGAGAGCAAGUUCGUGUACAGGCAGAUUUUCGUCAUCAGGUCGUAUGAAAUUGGUCCUGACAAGACUGCCACCAUGGAGACACUCAUGAAUUUUCUUCAGGAGACAGCUUUGAAUCAUGUCACGAGCUCUGGGAUUGGAGGAAACGGAUUCGGAGCCACCCGGGAGAUGAGCAUCCGGAAACUCAUAUGGGUCGUCACCCGUAUUCAAGUGCAAGUACAGAGAUAUAGCAGCUGGGGAGAUGUGAUCGAGGUUGAUACAUGGGUUGAUGCGGCCGGGAAGAAUGGGAUGCGCAGAGAUUGGGUAAUCAGAGAUCACCACAGCAAAGAGAUCAUAACGAAGGCAACAAGCACAUGGGUGAUCAUGAACAGAGAGACGAGAAAAUUGUGUAAGAUACCUGAAGAAGUGAGGCAAGAGGUUGUUCCGUUCUACCUCAACCGAAGUUCCAUUUCCACGGAACAAACUGACUCUGAAAAGAUCGACAAGCUCACCGAUGAUACAGCUGAGAGAAUUCGAUCCGGGUUAGCUCCGAGGUGGAACGACAUGGACGCCAACCAGCAUGUGAACAAUGUGAAAUACAUCGGAUGGAUUUUAGAGAGUGUGCCGACCAAAGUGUUGGGAGAUUAUAAUAUGACGAGCAUGACUUUGGAGUACAGACGAGAGUGCAGGCAAUCGAAUCUGUUGGAAUCGUUGACGAGUCCGACGGCCAGGGUGAUCGGUGACUCCAAUAAUAACUCCAUCAACAGAAAACCAGACCUUCAAUACACCCACCUGCUUCGUCUUCAAGGUGAUAAAAAAGAGGUGGUCCGAGCCAGAACUGAAUGGAAUUCGAAGAACUGGCACUGAAUGAGUAAUUCCAUUCCCGGUAUAAGCCUUUUUAAUCUCUUGUCAUUUCUACUGCACUUGCUGUUCUUCUCUGUCUUAAUUUUGUGUUGAAAAUUUAGUCCCUGUACCGUACGUUAAAAAGAGGUGAUGAUGAGUGCUAUCUACCAAUAAACUGAUACUUUUGUUA